ACGUGUCUUGCAAGUACCAACACUCUUGGAUCUUACUCACAUUCUCCAGGACUUCUGGGGUACGGUCUGCAAAGCCUGGUAAAUCAAACCCCUACAGAUCCAUGCCAUUGCCUCUUCAUCUCUCAAGAAAACCAAGAGGUCCUGCUCAUGUUUCAUCAUCCAGGUUUCUAGCUGUGACCCCACCAGGUGGCUCUAGCUUCAACACCAUGCUGUGCUCCGCUCUGCUUCUUCAUCUCCUGGCCUUCUCACUUGCAGAUCCAUUAGACCAAGGAGCAGUGCUUGAACCUUUUGAAGCAGAUGAUGCCACAGGUUUUGGUCCAGUGUUUGUGGAGCAGCCGGUGGAUACCAUCUACCCUGAGGAGUCGCCUGAAGCCAAAAUUAUCAUGACCUGCGAGGCUAGAGCCAACCCACCUGCCACAUACAGAUGGAAGCUGAACAACACGGACAUUGAUGUGAACAAACAUGGCAGCCACUACAGUUUAUCGAGAGGCAACCUGAUUAUCAGCAAUCCCCUUAGAACAGAACAUGUGGGGAAAUACUCCUGCUUGGCUACCAACAUGUACGGCACGGUCGUCAGCCAAGAGGCCUCUGUCCAGUUCGGAUAUCUGGAUCUAUUUUCAUCGGAAGAGAGGCAUGCAGUGCAUGUGAAGGAGGGCCAGGGGGCAGUCCUUCUCUGCUUUCCACCUGCGCAUUACCCAGGCCAGCUGUCAUUUCGAUGGAUCCUCAAUGAAUUCCCCAAAUUCAUCUUACUGGACAAGCGUCACUUUGUCUCCCAGUUAACUGGCAACCUUUACAUCUCCAAGGUGGAAUCGUCAGACAGGGGCAACUAUUCCUGCAUGGCAUCCAGCCCUUCCAUCUCUAAGAGUGUAUUUUCCAACUACAUUCCCCUCAAGCCUUCUGUCGAACGCCCUAUCAGGAAAUACCCUGCAGACCUUAGAGUGAAGUUCCCACACACCACUGCUUUGGUUGGACAAGACAUCAUCUUGGAAUGUUUUGCACUGGGGAAUCCUGUACCAGAGAUCCGCUGGAAGAGGGUAGAUGGGAAAUUACCAGAUAAUCAUCAGGUGCGGAUGGCAGGUGCUCAGCUGUAUCUCCCAAAUGUCCAAUUUGAUGACAGUGGCAUCUACAGCUGUGAAGCAGUAAACUCAAAGGGAAAAGACCACCAUCAUGCAAAUGUAUCAGUUGAAGCUCAUCCAGAGUGGGUGGAGCAUAUUGUCGACACAGAGAAAGACCUAUACAGUGAUUACACCAUGUCUUGCAUUGCCAAAGGUGUGCCGAAACCUCACAUUCGCUGGCUGAAAAAUGGAGAACCGCAAAGUGGAAAAGAGUUGAGGUUCAGCAGGCUGACAACUAAUGAUGCUGGGAUGUACCAGUGCAUCGCAGAAAAUCGCCAUGGAAUCAUCUAUGCCAAUGCGGAGCUACGAGUGUUUUAUGGGGCUCCCAAGUUUCCCCACAGCCCAAUAAAAAGAGUGCUGGCUCCUAAAAAUGGUCGGGCCGUUAUUGAAUGCCGACCCAAAGCGGCCCCGAAGCCCACCUUGACCUGGAGCAAAGAAACCGAGCUGCUCUCUAACUCCUCCAGGGUUUUAAUCUGGGAGGAUGGAAGCCUGGAAAUCCUCAAUGUGACGCCAGCAGAUGAGGGCAGCUACACCUGUUUUGCAGAAAACGACUGGGGAAAGGCCAACAACACACUCCCUCUGGUGGUCACAGAGUCAACAAAGAUCACAUUGGCACCCUCAAAUGCGGACAUUCACGCUGGCGACGACACCUGGAUGGAGUGUGCAGCAUCAUAUGACCCAUCGGUGGACAUCACCUUCAUCUGGUCCCUGAAUGGACGAGUGAUAGAUUUGCACAAAGAGAACACACAUUAUGAAAGCAUCCUGAAUGGAAGUUCAAAUUCUAAACUACUGAUCAAAAAAGCUCAACUGAGGCAUGGUGGACAGUACACCUGCACCGCUAAAACCCAGGUUGACAACGCCACCGCUUCAGCCCACCUGCUCGUCCGGGGGCCCCCUGGUGCCCCAGGUGGGGUGCGUAUAGCUCACAAAAGUGACAGGAACGUUACGCUGCAGUGGAGCCGUGGAGCUGACAACCACAGUCCAAUCUCCAAGUACACCAUUCAAUACAGAGACCAAUUCUCGAAAGAUGUCUGGAAGAUCGCCACAACAUCACCGGCUGAUGUUGAGGGGAAUGCAGAGACAGCAACAGUGGUGGAUCUGUUCCCUUGGACAGAAUAUGAGUUCAGGGUCAUAGCCACCAACACUCUGGGUACAGGAGAACCCAGCAGACCGUCGCAAAAAGAGACAACCCUGGAAUCAGUUCCUGUGGUGGCGCCCUCAAAUGUAGACGGGGGCGGAGGGGCCAGCAGAGAGCUGACCAUCACGUGGACGCCAGUCCAGCCACAGUACUACUUUGGGUCUAAUUUUGGCUACAUAGUGGCGUUUAAACCACUUGAAGAAAAAGAGUGGAACAGGGUGAAAGUGACUGACCCUGGAGCCAAGCGCUAUGUUUACAAAGACCCCAAACUGAAACCUAUGACGAAGUUUGAAGUCAAAGUUAAAGCCUUCAACAGCCAAGGAGAGGGACCCUACAGCAUAACAGCCAUCAUUUACUCUGCUCAGGACCCUCCGUCUGAAGCUCCUGAAGCCGUUGAAGGGAAAGCCCUCUCUGCCACAGCUGCCUCCGUCUCCUGGCUGCUUCAGUCAGACACUGGUAUAGAUGGAUACCAGGUAAAGUACUGGAGACAAAACCAAGAAAGUGAAAGUCUCACGGUUCGGGCCUCACCAAAGGAAAACCACACAAGGCUGGAGGGCCUGAAGCCCAGCUCAGACUACAUCAUUGAGAUUCGAGGCUACAACUCUGCAGGCUACGGACCGCCCAGCAAACCCAUCAAGAUCCGCACCAAAAAACCCCCUCCGGAUCGACCUCCCAAAAAAAUAGUUGCCACAAAGUUAAAGGAAAAGUAUGUAAAUGUGUCCUGGGAAGCAGUGGAACCAUUUUCUAAUGAAUCCAUUAUAGAAAGUUAUAGGGUGCUCUGCAAGCUGAAAGGCAAUAUUAACUCCACGCUGUACACGACCAAAACUCCCUACAUUGGACUUCAACUGGAUACAGAUAAAGAAUAUGUGGUAGAAGUCCGGGUGCACACAGAGGGAGGAGACGGGGCUGUGGCACAAAUCAGCAUCCCUCAAAGCUACAGCAGAGCUACGUGGUGUUCCCCAUUUCUUAAUGUCCUCCCAAUGCUCCUCUUGGGUCUCCUCCUUCUGAACCUCUGAAUGUAGCGUCAUCUUGGUCUUCUCUUAGUUGUGAUGAAGACUGCUUGUGAUUGAUGAAGGUUCCCACCUACAACGAUCUGAGACCCUUUCCACAAUAUUAUAAUCCAGUGUCACUUUCCAGCUCUUCCCCUGUGGGAUGUGUUUGUGGAAAACAGACAUGGACAUGGAAAACAAUUGGAAAAUGGACAAAGGCUUUCCUUAUUUAUCCACUAAAGGCCUCUCAGAAGGAAUCUCAAAGGAGUUCUGUCAACUUGAAAUGCCUUACAUAAACGAUUGCUCUUAUCUUUCACAGUGACUUGUUUCCAAAUGGGUCAGUAAAAAAAUUGUAAAUCUUACAGUUUUGCAUAGGUUGCCUGCUCAGUUUUUUUUUAUUUUUUACAUCUCAAACCAGACAUUUCUGAUAUCCAAAUGCUGCAUUGUAUCACUUCUUUUUAACUUGGAUGUUUUCUAAAAACAUGUUUCUUCAGUGCAUUCCCUUAUAGAAGGUUAACAAUAGCUGUGAAAGGCAAGUGUAUGAGUUUCAAAAUUUCAACUUUGUCUUUUUUUUUUUUUUUUAUCAGUGGCUUUUUUAAAUGAUCUUGCUGUCUUACAGGGAUACAGUCAAAGCAAAUUUCAGCAGCUUACAUAAUGGAUUUUAUUCAGAAAAAGUACAAUUUAUUACAUGCUGAAUUAAUAUAUUCACUGAUUAAUAUUGCAUUGUUAUGCUUAAUUUACUUUCCUCUCCUGAUAAUAUAUGAAGUUUAUAGCUUCUGUUAUAGUCCAGAACAUACAGUAAGCUCUGGUCAUUCCUAAGUUUGGACAUUGAUGGAAGAACAUCAGAUAAAUAUAUUUGGGGAGUUAAACGUGUGUUUUUUUCCCCAGAAGCAAGAAACACAUUUAAAUCUAUAGUUUUAAACAUUGAUUACUUCCAUCUGUGGUCAAACUGUGCAGAGAUCCCACCUUUUCCACAAAAAUUGGCUAAUGUAAAACUUAAAAAACGAAACAAAAUGGUAACUAAUGAGCCUUCUUUGUUUUGACUGUAUCAUUAGAUCCUCAGUGGUGCCAGUCGGUGCUUUGUAAAGAAUGUUACCAUUUCAUUUAAUUAGUGAUUUCAUUUCAUGAUGCUCGUUGUCGGCUAAUAAUGGUAAAAGUGAAACAGUGGCGCACCUCACAGCCUCCUGUAAAUGUGCAAUGUAUGAUUGAGCUGUGGCAACUUCAUGCUAUCUAACAGGACUAUUUGCUGAGCUUCUGUAACAGGAGUUAUAUUUAAUGCAUUUUUUCUUUAUCUGAAAUAAGCAAAAGGUAAGCAAAGCCAUCUUUAUCAGCGGUAGGAGCUCAGCAGAAGCUCAUGUCGUUGUUUCAAAUGCAUUAGUUUAGUCUUUUUAUUAACCUAAGAUCAGAGUUUUAUGGACAUUAUCACUUGUCAUUUUUUUAUGGUUAUAUUUGUACAUUUCUACCCGAGUCUAGUUGGUCAAAUUUUAAAGUUUAUGUCCCUCAAAUGAAGGAACAAAUGCUGCGUUUUGAGUUCCUCUGAAUCAUUUUGUUGUAUGAUUGAUGCUGGUUAUGCUUUUACGUUGUGACAGCAUCAGCGUCCACCACAAAGUGCUUUUCCUGGUUUCAUCUUCAUGCCACAAUUCAUUGAAGUAAAAAUUGCCAAAUGCAUGAAUGCCUUGAACUUUGACGUUGCGAACAGGGCUGUCGCUCUACAUAAUACCAUGCAUGAGAUUGGAGAAAACAUACCAACAUUGUGGAAACUUCUGAGACUAUUGUAAAACACAUUCCAAUCCUGAGUGGCAUCCCCUUUAGGUCAGAGAGACUAGAGAUAUUAGACUAAUAUGUGCAUUAGCUGCUAAGCUUCAAUAAGUCAGUCAUCUCAAUAGAUGCCCUUAGGAGAAGUCUUUUAUUAAAGGGAAAAAUGUAAACUGACUGAAGGCAUUUCACUUUGCUGAUAAAAACUGUCCUGCUGUCUCGUUCACACCUGAUGCUUGGGGUUUGGUUGCAUCAUUGGUGAUACUGGCAGCAUGUGUGGCUUUCUGCUGGAAAUCAGUACUUUGAUGUAAACGGAUAUAUACCAGGGAUGAAUCUGAAAGCUCUCUAUGACUGGACAAGAAACAAUAAAGGUGUAGUUA